AUGCGACCCUCUACACUUUCUAGGACCGGGAAAGAACGAGUAGAAGAGUCCGCUCCUCCUCCAUAUUCAUUGGUUGCCGACGGUGGACUCGUAGCAGAGUCAGGGAACGUACAAGGGGACGGCCGAAUUGAUGUGAACCUCGAAUCCAAUAUCGCGAGAACGCUCGCCAAAAUCAUCGACUUGCAGCAAGAAGACAUCCACAAUCCACCUCCCGACUAUAUCGACCUUACCAAGCAAGUAACCUCGUGUGAAUAUAAACUCAACAUUGUCAUUCAAAUUGUGGGGAGUCGUGGAGAUGUGCAGCCUUUCAUCGCACUCGGAAAUGCAUUACAAAAACAUGGCCAUCGGGUCCGGAUUGCCACACAUGGUGUCUUUGCAGACUUCGUACACGAGGCAAAAUUGGAGUUCUACUCCAUCGGUGGAGAUCCUACAGAAUUGAUGGCAUUCAUGGUCAAGAAUCCAGGAUUGAUUCCACAAAUGAAGACCCUUCGCGAAGGGGAAGUGCAGAGAAAACAGGCUAUGGUAGCGACAAUGCUCGAUGGGUGUUGGAGAUCCUGCAUCGAAGAUGAUCCAAUUACUAAAGAGCCGUUUGUUGCAGAUGCCAUAAUUGCUAAUCCUCCUAGCUUUGCACACGUUCAUUGCGCACAAGCUCUAAGUAUUCCUGUCCAUCUCAUGUUUACGAUGCCGUGGAGUAGUACCAAGGCAUUUCCACAUCCUCUCGCCAAUCUAUAUUCCUCUUCUAUGGAUCAUCAAACUGCAAAUUGGGUUUCUUAUGGAGUUGUCGAGUGGCUGACAUGGCAAGGGCUAGGAGAUGUGAUCAAUCAAUGGCGCAUCUCAAUAGAUCUGGAGCCUAUCCCCGCAACGGAGGGACCUAGCCUCGCCGAAGCAUUGAAAGUGCCAUACACAUAUUGUUGGUCUCCUGCCCUUGUGCCAAAACCACAGGAUUGGCUAGCUCACAUUGAUGUCUGUGGAUUCUUCUUCAGAGAUCCCCCAUCAUAUUCCCCGCCCUCGGAGCUGAGGGAGUUUCUACAAGAGGGUCCACCUCCUGUCUAUAUCGGAUUCGGUAGUAUCGUGGUUGAGAACCCUCAGCAGCUAAUUGAUACCAUUGUUCUCGCGGUAGUAAGGACAGGUGUCCGUGCAAUCAUUUCAAAGGGUUGGAGUGGGCUAGUUGGAAGUCAAACCCCGAAUAUCUACUAUAUUGACGACUGUCCACAUGAGUGGCUCUUUCAACAUGUCAGUGCAGUAGUUCAUCAUGGAGGCGCUGGAACUACUGCAUGUGGUCUUAAAAAUGGCCGACCGACUGCGAUCGUGCCUUUCUUUGGCGACCAACCUUUCUGGGGCAACAUGAUUGCUAGAGCCGGUGCUGGACCCAGACCUAUUCCAUUUGCAUCUCUCAACUUUGAGAGACUGGCCGCUGCUAUCCAAUUUUGCCUCACUCCAGGGGCAACAGAAGCUGCACGCAAGUUAGCCUUCAAAAUGCAGACUGAAUCGGGCGUAACCGCCGCCGUGGAAUCGUUCCAUCGAAAUCUUCCCAUGGACAAAAUGAGGUGCAAUUUAAUGCCCAACGAAGUUGCAGUCUGGAGAUACAAGAAAGGCAAGAACCACGUGAACCUCUCAAAUGCAGCCGUGCAGAUCUUGAUUGAACAUCAAAAGAUAAUUGAAAAGAAUCUCCAGUUUCACCUUGUCAAUCCAAUCGUCAUUGAACAUCGCCGCUGGGAUCCCAUAACCGGAAUGUUGGCUGCAGCCACCACAACCGGCUCAACUAUGCUGCACUCCACCGCCGAUAUGAUUCACAACCCAUACAAAGAAUACAAACGUGGUCGUUCUCCAGCUCCAUCGACCAAAUCUGUACAAGUCAUGUCACUCCCUGGCAGCUCGCGUUCACGGGAGCCCUCGUCAACAAGGAUAUCUGCUGCCGACGAGGCAAAUCACAAUUGUCGGUCACCAUCCGCUGAGCCUGGAUCCGAAACCGGAGCCGAUAAAAGAAGAAACGGGCUAUCUAUCGCAGGUAGCAUGGCAGGCGCGACGAUGAAAGGCUUUGGCAAAUUUACAGGAUCAUACUUCAAAGGGGUGGUAGUCGACAUUCCACAUGCCGCCGCAGAAGGAUUCCGGCAGGUCCCUCGGCUGUACGGGGAAACGCCUAAGGAUUACGGCGUGAUCCAGGAUUGGAAGUCCGGAGCUAUCGUUGGUGGGAAGAAUUUUGUAGAUGGCAUGGCUGAUGGCUUCACCGGUCUGUUUACACAACCUGUCAAUGGGGCAAAAGAGGAAGGUGCUUUGGGUGCGGUUAAAGGAUUUGCCAAAGGCACUAUUGGGCUUGCAACAAAGGUCCCUUCUGCGGGGAUCGGACUGGUCGCUUAUCCUUUCCAAGGAAUCACUAAAAGUAUUGAGGCGGUUUUUCGCUCACAAAGUCGCAAGGCCCUUGUGAAUGCACGGUUAAAGAGUGGAUAUUAUAAAAUAAGCAGGAUGCAGAUGACCGACGAAGAGCGGCGUGAAAUCCUGCAGUCAUUUGAUAGAUUUUCACGGUCAGCUGGUGCUAGAUAG